AUGUUCGUGAUCUCAGUUUUGGUCCUUGUGGGGACAGGAGUCACGGUAAACAGCGAGACUCAUUCCCUCACUUACAUCUACACUGGACUCUCCAAACCCGUUGGACUGCCGGGCAUCCACGAGUUCACAGCCAUGGGUUUGCUGGACGGCAGGAUGAUCGAUUACUAUGAUAGCGAGAAUCAGACAAAAGUUCCCAAACAGGAGUGGAUGAGAGAGCAUUUCCCUGCUGAUUACUGGGGAAAAGGCACACAGUCCCGCAGGAUCAAGCAGCAGUGGUUCAAGGUCAACAUCGGCAUCCUGAUGGAGCGAAUGAGACAGAAUGACUCUGCCUCCCCUCAUGUUCUUCAGUGGAUGGUGCGCUGUGAGGGUGAGACACAGCCUAACGGCGCGCUCAGGUUUGUCCACGGCAUGAGCAAGUAUAACUAUGAUGGAAACGACUUCCUGUCCUUUGAUGAUAAAAGCAGAGUCUGGGUCGCUCCAGUUAAAGAGGCACUUCCCUCAAAGACAAAGUGGGACAAUGACCAGGUGCUGAAAGAGUACACCAAGGGAUACCUGGAGAACGAGUGCAUCGAUUGGCUGAGCAAGUCUGUGACUUCUGAACAAAAGCAGCUGAAAAAAGCCCCUCCACCUGACGUGUACGUGUUUGCAAAGAAGUCCAGAGUGGAGACAAACCUCACCGUGACCUGCCUCGCCACAGGCUUCUACAGCAAAAACAUCAUUGUGAGGAUCAGAAGAAACGGGCGUGUUCUGACCGAAGACGACGGCCUGAGUAGCUCAGGAGUUCUUCCAAAUAACGACGAGACCUUCCAGAGACGAGACCAUGUGGAGAUUUUGAAGUCUGACCUGUCAAAGUUCAGCUGUGAAGUCGUUCAUGAGGCGACCCGUGUGGAUGUUGUGAAGACUUGGAAGAACGGUGACCAUCCAGAGGAACCUGGAACCUGGAUCUGGAGCUCUGAUCGGUGCACAGCCUUGGCUGUGAUUGCUGUUGUUGUUGGUGGAGGUCUGGGAGGCAGACGUGUAGCCAACGACAACCAAGGAAGUGUAGCAGUGGUUGUAACAAAUGUUGAGGCUGACAGUGAGAAGGUUGAGGAAGACGAGGGUAAUGAAGACGAGGCUGAGGAAACCAGUCUCAGAAGCAGCACGGCUGAUGGCUCUGACAAAAAAAACAAGUCUCAGGAUUCACACUAA